CCCCACAAACCCCAAGUAAUGAGAAGCUCUCCUUAAACCCUUGCAAACAGCAGCAGCAGUAGCAGUCUCCAAAUUAUGUACAUGCAUUUCCUCCUCCGUCGAACUCACCACCACCAGCGUCAACAAUGGCGGACACUGUUCGACGAUGCCCUUUCCAUCAAACAUGUAAGAGAUCGUGGAUUGGACCACGCUGUCGAAAGAGAAAAGAAUCUCAAACCACUUCUCAACAUCAAGAAUCUUAUCAAAUCUGAACCAUCGAAAUCUAUUCCCUUAAACAUCAUCACACAAUCUAAAGAUACUCUACAAAUCCCAUUUCGCCCCAUUGAGUUUAUCCGAAAAUAUCCUUCAAUUUUUCAAGAAUUUUUCCCUGCUAGCAUAAACAUACAUCCCCAUAUCAAGUUAACCCCAGAAAUUCUCAGUAUUGACUCAGAUGAAGAGUUGUUCUAUCAAAGUGUGAGUUACAAAGAAGAUGUUGCAGAUAGGCUUUUGAAGAUUUUGAUGAUAGGUAAAAUUAAUAAAAUUCCUUUACAUGUUAUUGAUAAGCUUAAAUGGGAUUUGGGUUUGUGUAAUAAUUUUGUGGAAACUAUAGUACCAGAAUAUCCGGAUUAUUUUCAGGUGAAUAAUGAGUCAAUGUUGGAGUUAGUUUGUUGGAAUCAUGAACUUGCUGUUUCCUUUUUGGAAAAACAAGCAGUGAAAUGUGAAAGUGAGGAUUUGUUAGUUAAGUUUGAUUUGAAGUAUUCGAAUGGGUUUGAGAUGGAUAAGAAGUAUAAGAAAUGGGUUGAUGAAUGGAAAAAAUUGCCUUAUAUUUCGCCAUAUGUGAAUGUAAAGAAUCUUCCUGAAAAGAGUGAUGAAGCUGAUAAGUGGGCAGUGAUAAUUUUGCAUGAAAUUCUUAGUCUUUGUGUUGGGAAGAAGGCGGAGAAAGAUAAUUUGCUUUUGAUAGGAGAGUAUUUGGGACUUCGUUCUAGGUUUAAGAGGGCAUUGUUGUUGCAUCCUGGGAUAUUCUAUGUGUCAAGUAAGAUCGACACACAUACUGUGGUAUUGAAGGAGGGCUAUAAAAGGGGAAUGUUAAUUCAGAAGAACUCGUUGAUAGAACUGAGGUCUAAGUAUGUUUAUCUCAUGAACAAGGUUACGGAGGAUAAAAAAUCGAAAGAAGUGCAGAAAAAAGGUAGUCAUGAUCUGAAAGAAGGUGAUGCAAAGGAAACUGAUGUUGAUAAUGAAGAUGAUGAAGAAGAAGAUUAUGAUGAGGACUCUGAUGAUGUGCAUAAUGACUACCAUGAUGAUGAGACGGACAAUGAGGCUAGAGAUGUGAAGCAUAGCCAAAGAGUAAACUCGAGGACAAGAGUUGAUGAUAGAAACUCGAUGACAAGAGAUGAUGAUAGAAACUCGAUGACAAGAGAUGAUGAUAGGAAGCCUAGCCGAAGAUUAAACUCGAGGACAAGAGUUGAUGAUAGAAACUCGAUGACAAGAGUUGAUGAUAGAAACUCGAUGACAAGAGAUGAUGAUAGGAAGCCUAGCCGAAGAUUAAACUCGAGGACUAGAGAUUAUGAUAGGAAUACUUCAGCUACCUCUCCGAGGACAUCCUUGGGGAGAAAUCAAAAUAGAGAUGUGGAAAGGCCAUCAGGAAGAUCGUCUUGGAGAGCAGAAAAUAACAGUGAGCAAGAUGCUCGAUCAAGAUAUGGGGACAGAAAGCUUCCAAUAAAUUCAUUGAAGACUUCGGCAGGAAGAAGUUCCAACAGAACCAACGAAAGAACCUCUCGAUCUCCUAGGAGGGUGGAGACUAAUGAUAAUCAAUAUGCUCACCGGAGAUCAAGUAACAAAUUUGAUCUUCAUAGAAACCAGGGAACAUCUGAACAGAGGAGGACCUCUCGAUCUCCUAGGAGGGCGGAGACUGAUGAUAAUAAAUAUGCUCACCGGAGAUCAAGUAACAAAUUUGAUCUUCAUAGAAACCGGGGAACAUCUGAACAGAGGAGGAAUUCCACACCAUGAAAAGCUAUUCGCUCUGUGAAGGCAUUGCAUAAUAGGCUUGCUUUUGAUAGUUUUAGGUUUGUCAGUUGUCACUCACAAUUGUUGGUCCUGAAUCUAGAGAUUAUAAUAGUGGAUGGUUAGAUCCAAAAAA